GGCGGCGACUAGGAGCAGGAGGGAGGCGCCAGGCCGGCACUAGGCCCCGCCGGUCCCUGGCUGACUCAGGCGGAGGGAGGGAGGCAGGCAGGGCGACGUGGCGGCGCCGGGUUCGCCGAGGAGGAGAACCAGGGAGCAGCCGGGGCCCAGGCGGGGCUCCGCCUCGGAAGGAAGGACCAGGAGGAGAGGCCGGGCAUGUCGGCCUCCAGAGGCCUCGGCUCCACCGCCGCUGACGACGAGCAGGCCGCCUCCUCCUCCUCCUCCUGCUGCCGCUGCUGCCGGGUCUGGGGCCCUGGUGCCGGUGCCCUGCUCCCCCGCCGCAUGGCCCGGAGUCCCUCGGUGCUGCUGGGCCUGGCCGCCCUGGUCCUGGGCCUGGCCGCCCUCCUGGCCCUCAGCGCCGGCGGAAGCCGAGCGAAAGAUGUGACGAUGCCAGCGAAGCUCCCGGUCGGCUUCUUCUCUUCGAAAUCUCCGGUCCAUGAUCUUUUCCUGGGGCAGCUGGAUCACGCAGAGAACAUCCGGCGGGAUUCGGAGGUCAGCCUGUUUUAUUUCUAUGCCCCGUGGUGCGGACAGUCCCUCGCGGUCCGAGAAGAGAUUGAGAAGGUGGCCAGCAGCCUGGCAGACCAGGUCUUAUUUGUGGCAAUCAACUGCUGGUGGAACCAAGGGAAAUGCCGGAAACAGAAGCAGUUCUUUUACUUCCCGGUGAUAUAUUUAUACCAUCGGAGCUUUGGGCCUAUUGAGUACAAAGGCCCAAUGAACGCUGUUUACAUUGAGAAAUUUGUCCGUCGAGUGAUGACUCCCCUGCUUUACAUCUCAUCUCAGUCAAAACUCCAGCAGUUCCUCUCCCAUUAUGAACCUGGAGUGUUGGGCUACUUUGAGUUCAAUGCCUCACCUCAGCCCCCUGGUUACCUGACCUUCUUUACCUCAGCGUUGCAUUCGCUAAACAAAGAUUACCUUGGAUCCAUCCACUUUGGAGUGAUCACGGAUAGGCUGAUUGCCAAGGAGAUCCCGCUGACCAGCUCAGGCAGCGUCUACCUGCACAGGCGUGUCAAUACAUCCCUCCUCUACCCACAUGAAGCCAUGAACUACACUGCUGAAAACGUGUGGAAGUGGGCCCUGGACAACCGGGAGACCUUUGUCCGCUGGCUGAGACCCCAUGGAGGGAAGAGUCUCUUGCUGAACAACGAGCUGAAGAAGGGACCAGCCCUCUUCCUCUUCCUUCCCUUUGACCCCUUGGCAGAAAACCAUCCUCUCAUAGAUGAGAUUUCCAAGUUGGCAUUGGAGUACAACUGGUGCAACAAGAGCCAGGAUACGGAGCAAGGUGCCAGUGGCUCUCAAGGGGCAGAGGACCCAAUGGCUGGCAUCACCCUCGGUCUAGCAGAAGGCCCCUCUGCCGCCAAGCUCCCCUGUUGCAACACCGUGGUGCUCCCCCCGCAGUGGCAUUCCCUCUCGCGGACCCCCCACAACGUCUGUGAGCUGUGCAUCAACCAGACAGUUGGGGUCAGGCCCAGCCAUCUGGGCAGGCUGGCCUGCAACUUCUUUGAGAUCGAGGCUGCCUUGGAUUCUUUCUACCUCAAGGAGCGGACUUUCUUCCAAGUUGUGCCCAAGGCGGUUUCCCUGUGCAGCAACUUCCUCAGUUUUUACAGCCCUUUCAGCUACUACACCGCAUGCUGCAGGACGGUGAACGGGGCCCCGCUGAACUGGGUGGGCUCCGGAAAGACCUCCGGCCAGCCCUUGGAAGGCGCCUUUUCUUCCCAUGGGAAGAUCUGGAAAGACAGGCCCCAGAGCUCUAUGCCUCACAUUGAGGACGGGAGCGGUCUCCUCCCGGAAAGCACUUGCUGCGGCUCCAAUUUCACUGGCCUGAGUUGCAGAACCAACAAGACCUUAAACCUCUACUUGCUGGAUUCAAAUCUCUUCUGGACCUAUGCAGAAAGGCUGGGCGCCUCACACGCUCCUCCUGUGAAGGAGUUUGCUACCAUCGUGGAUCUCAAGGAAGAGACUCAUUACGUCCUGGAUCAGAACCAGGCUCUGCUGAAAUCUAAUCUCGAAACCUUCAUUCAAAACUACAGUGUUGUGUACAGUCCCUUGAAAAGGCACCUGGUUGGCGAGAGGAGAACCGAACGUCUGCAGGCCCAAAACAGGAUCCAAGAAAUUACCACCAGCACUUUUCGCGAGACUGUGUUGAACAGCAAAAAGGAUGUCUUGCUGCUGUAUUACUCACCAUGGUGUGGCUUCUGCAUGUCUCUCAACCACGUCUUCAUCCAGCUUGCUCGGAUCCUGCCUCCCGAUGACUUUGUGGUGGCCAGGAUUGACGUUUCUCGCAAUGAUCUGCCCUGGGAGUUCAUGACCGACCAGCUACCCAAUGUUCUCUUUUUUCCUCAUGACAGGAAGGACCAAAGCAUGCGGUUCCCGCCGGACGUCCGGCUCACCCUUCCCAACCUCCUCAAAUUCCUCCUGGCCCACUCCAGCCAGCCCUCCCUUGCCUCCAGCCUGGAGCCUUGUCUCAACGGUUGCCUCUGGGGUGAGGCCGCCCUGCAGCGAGGAUGCAUUGCCCACCUGGAGCGCCAGGUAGAGAAGCUUCGGGCAGAGAUCCGGGCCCUCCACCGGGCCCAGGCCCAGCUCCAGGGACAGCUCUCGGAUGCCCGGCGGGAGAGCCAGCGGCUCCAGCAGGAGGCCCGUCUCCUGCGGAAGCAACAGAGCUCCCUCCAGAGCCAGCGGGAACACCUGCAGGGCCUCCACGACCAGAAGACUCGGGAGCUGGAAGGGCUGGCAGAGAAGCUCCAGGAGCUGGCCGACGCCUCGGAGACCCUCCUGGCCGAGAACGCCUUCCUCAAGGUCCUGCUGGCCGCGGCGGAGAAGAAGUGGAGGACUGAGGCUGAGCCAGAGGUCGGGCUGGCCAAAGAGGAGCCUGGCCUGGCUGUUCCAGCCACUGAAAAUUUCCCCGAAGCAGAGCAGAAUGGCCAGACCCAAAUGGACGCCCGGCUGGCUUCUGAGCACAGCAAAGAGAACUGGACCGAGUAGCCCUUUUGCCAAGAACCGCAGCGGCAAAGGGGACGGUCGGAGGGAGGGAGGAGGAACCCAACACAAAUCACGUUUGGACUCACUGGACUGGGAAGAUCUUUUUGCAAACUUUAUUGAAAUUUCCUUGUAAAGCCUUGCCCCCCCCCCCCCCCCCCCCCAAUUGCUGUGUGUUUUCUCGGACUAGAAAAGAAAAAAGAAAUCAAAUAUUUUUCUAAUGAGCCAUGAAAACCAGGUAAGAGACAGAACUGGAGGCCUGUGACUUCAAGAAGAGUCUGGGGUCAUUUGCACUUUACUGUUGCACUAAUUUGAUAGCUUUUUUGGUAUCGAUUUGGACUAAAUUAAAAACAAUUUGGUUGGAGGA